AUGGACGUGGACCUGAAUCUGGGUGGUGUGUUCUCUUCUGUGGAUCAGUGUGAGCACAGAAAGGAGGGAGUCCCUAACUCUGCAUCCACUCUGUGUGGGGAACAUGAGAGCCAGAUCAAACCUCAGAGGGUAAAGCAGCAGGUUGGACCAGACUCUGCCGGACCUGGAGCUGAUCCUGAACCGGGUUGGGUGUCUGAAUCCCUGAAUAGAGAACGGGUCAUGAACAUUUACACUCCCAUCUCUCAGAUGCCAUUCUCUGACAAAACACCAAAUAAAAAGCAGACAUUUGAUCCUUGUGUAACCACAUGUCUGACUGUGACAUCCAGUGGCUCCAUCAACCGUGAAAUUAAAUUUAAAGGCUCAACAGACGAGCAGCAGCAGAAUUUAAAGGUUCCCCAUCACCAGCCUGAUAGUGGGCACCAAACAGCUCUGCAGGACAUAUUUAUGCAACUUGAGGAGAACAUUAUGAGAUUUGUGAAGACCGAGCUGAAGAGGUUCCAGGAGGUCCUAAAUCCAGAUUACAGAGACGGUGGACUUGAUCAGAGUGAAGAUGAGGGCCUGGGUGCUCUGGUGGAGAGGAGGUCCAGUUUGCAACCUAUUAUAGAGCCAGCCUUCAUGACCAAUCAGAGUCUCUUACAAGGCCUGCUGACACAGACAGGAAGUAGCUCAGAGACCAAUCAGGAAACAGUCCAGUACAUCAAGAAGAAACUCCGCAAGAAACUGUCUGCAGGGAAAUGUAUUAAUCUGUUCCACUGUCUCAACGAGCUGAAUGAUCGUUCUCUGGUGGAGGAGAUCCAACAGUCCCUGAUUUCAGGAAGUCUCUCCAAAGAUGAGCUGUCUCCCUCUCAGUGGUCAGCUCUGGUCUUCAUCUUACUGUCAUCAGAAGAAGAUCAGGAUGUGUUUGACUCAAAGAAAUACUCAGUUACUGAGGAGGCUCUUCUGAGGCUGCUGCCAGUGGUGAAAACUAAUAAAUCUCAGCACGUUGAUAGACGUAUGGAGUAUCCGAAACAACUAAAGAGAGUGGACCACAGCACAGAGCAGGUGUUAAGGUUUGCACUGCAAAAAUACUUCUGCGAACUUGAACUGGACCCAAAUACAGCGCACAGAAACCUCAAACUGUCUGACAACAACAGGAGGGUGACACAUGUGAGAGCGGUGCAGCCAUAUCCUGAUCAUCCAGGCAGAUUUGACUACUGGAAUCAGCUUCUCUGCAAAAAUGAGCUUACAGGUCGCUGUUACUGGGAGAUCGAGUGUAGAGGAGUGAUUGACGUCGCAGUGACUUACGGACAAAUUCAAAGGAGAGGAGACAGCGAUGACUGCAAGCUUGGCUCCAACGAUCAGUCUUGGAGUCUGAACUGUUGUGAAGAUGGUUACCGUGCUUGUCACAACAACUUUAGGAAGGACGUAGAUUUGGCCCUACCCUCCUCCGUCUCUAACAGAGUAGCAGUGUAUGUGGACUGUCCUGCUGGCACUCUGUCCUUCUACAGAGUCUCCUCUGACAAACUCGUCCACCUCCACACCUUCAACACCACAUUCACCGAACCUCUUUAUCCUGGUUUUGAAGUGUGGUAUGGGUCUUCAGUGUCUCUGUGUUCUGUGUAGGAGGGAGCGUUUCCGCAUGAGUGGAAAAAUGUUCCCACUGCUGACUGACUGCAGCUGCUUAGACCAGCUAAGAGAAUCAUGUAGAGAUAUUUGACUGUUCAAAUUUUAUUUUAAAGGGCAGAAAUGUUUUUAAUGUACGAAAUUAUCAACAUAGAAAAUCAGUGAAUGGAACAGCAUUGAAAUUUGAUGAUGUCAUGUCAAUGCGUGUGUGUGUGUGUGUGUGUGUGUGUGUGUGUGUGUGUGUGUGUGUGUGUGUGUGUGUGUGUGUGUAUAUGUUGAUAAUAAUGCAUAAUGCAUAUGUUCAUAAAUGAUAACGUGUCAUCACGUGGCCCAGGCAUUAUGGACGGUCAAACUGUAUUUUUUUCUGUUGGCAGAAUAACCAGUCAUAGUAACCAAAGUCAAGUGUCAUACAUGCCUUAAAGUCUCUUAUCAUAUCAAAUAAUGGUACUGCAGUAUCGGCAGCACAUUGUUUUUCAUAGUAUUCUCCUCCCACAGAGAUUUUGGUGUAACUAUAACAUGUUGUAACAGGUUCUUCCAGAAAUGUUUUUAUAGGGUUUCUGAUAAUCUGAGAUCAAAGGAUGACUGGAUGUCUGAGCAUUCCCUUUUUUCUUUUCCAUUAAAUUUUAUAUUAAAUGUUUAUUGUGAUUACUA